AUGGGCGGCGGAGGCGGCGGGGGUGGCGGCAGCACCAUAGGCGGCGGCACCCUGGGCCACGGCACCGCGAUGAGCAGCAGCACGGUCGGCAUGGGCCCUCUCCCCGGCACCCUGAUGCACGGCGCCUCCGGCGGCGGCGUGGGCGUGGGCGGAAACCCUGGCAAUGUGUACGGCAACGGGAACAACGGAGUGGGCGGCCAGAACACCGCCCCGGGCUCCGUGAUCGACUCGCGGGCCGUGUCCGUGGUGGUCACGCUGCCCGGCGGUCCGGGUGCCCAGCAUCCGGGCCAGGCGCUCAGCGACUACGGUCCCAUAUAGUUAAUGGUACGCCCUCCGGACACCGCGCACUGGGUCUCGACGAGCAGCUUUAGCCAGCUGUAGCCGCUCAAGGUGGUCGACUCGCACGCCCAGCCUCUGUCUCACUCGCACUUUUAGGCUCUCGCUCGCACCCCCAUCCCAUCUCGCUCGCUCCCGGCGCCUGGGCCCCACGGCAAAGGUUUUGAAGAAAUGCCAUAUAAUUCGAGUAGCCGUAGUUCGUCUGUUGAUGUUGUUUCUGAAUCCAAUCCUGAUCGAACUUAGCGGAAUAGGAUUUCUUUUUUCCUAUUUAAUUUACCAUUUACUUUUUUACAGAAAAUAAUAUAAAAGCCAUUUAGGUACAGCACUUUUUUCAGGAUAAAAUAUUUAGAGAUUUAGCUUAGAACCAAACUUUUCACUUAAACAAUUUCUAACAUUUCCAAAGUUCAUUUGCGCCAUACUUAAACAAGUUUUGUAUGCGUUCAAGAGCUCGCCAUUCCGCCAAACUGUUUAUGAGUUGGAAUUCGAAACAAGGACGAAAGUAACCAUUACAGAUGUGGUAAGCAACCGAUCUGCGCACAAGAUUCUAGUCCAAAAAAACCUUUGUCUUCAAAAGCAGAUGAGCAAAGAGCUCGGCGUAGCGAAAAACGAUCGAAUCCAGUUGGGCGCGUUUGUUCCACCUGCCAUUAACUACUUUCCUAACGAAAUACUUAUAACGUCACCCUUUCCGUUGUUACUCCCUUCCACAAACACUUUCCUCAACGAAAUAGACUGAGAAACGCAAAACCAAUUAAGCAACCGCCCCGUAGAGCACUCGGGGGCAAGUAGCGAGCGGAAUCUGCCCACACUGCCAAGUCAGAGCCACGAGCCAUAUUUCGAAAUUACAACUAACUUUUAAUCAAACUAACUACACUAUUAACCUUAACCUAACCGUAAACACUAAACAUUACGAACGCAUAAAAAAUUAAAUACAAAAAACACUUCGAAUGCCCGUAGGAAGUUAGUUGCGAUUUUAGGGUUGUCGCAUUAUCAAAGAGCAGGCAGCCAGUGUUGCCAGAUACCAUUUGUAAAUUAUUUAACGUAACCUAAGGCAUUAUCCAACACUAAGUUUUGUACAUAUUUUCAAACCGCGCCUAGUUUGUAAACGUCUUUUUUGUUCAGAGAUAAGAGAAUAAAUAUAGUAUCUUGCAUUUCAGCAUCAAAAGCAACUCUGCAUUUAAGCUCAACAAUUGAAUUUAAUUUUUACACACAAACCCAAAAACCCAAAAAGAAUGUACUACGAAAUCCUUCUCCCCCAUCACCAUACGAAUAAAUGAGUAAAUGGAAAUUGCCAACUUUUGCAGCCGAUGCAGGGCACUUUUUUGCAUUUAUAAAAAAGCAAAAAUAAAAAUUGUAAAAAGCUAAUACAUUUAUAUAAGAGUAUUAAAUUAAAUGUAACCUUAGUUGUAAGCGAGAACAGAAAAAAUGGAAAGCAAAAGCAAAACGAAAUAUCUAUCAUGCAUUAAAAACUACUGUAUUUAAAUUUAAUAUUUAUAUUACAUGGUAAAAGCAACAAUUUAACUGUUAGCAUUUCAAACCAUUUCACAUACGAAACAAAACCAGAAAGAAGGGAUUAACUUUAUAUUAGAAAUUAUAUGAUAUAGCAACAACUAUGUGUGUAAUGUUUUUAGCAACUAUAACUAUUUCUAUACACAAAACGAGAAAUGCAAAAGCUGUAAUAAAAACAACAUAAAAAAUA